AUGAGAAUUAAACUGCUAGUAGUUUUCUUGCUUACUUUCCUGUAUGCCGAAAGCCGUGAUGAUUUCGACGAUAUGGAGAAGUACCAAGAAUGGCGUUGUCGCAACCAACCGACAGUGUGUCAUCUAGCACAUGAGCAGCCGACCAACGACCAAAAGGCGCCGUUAAGCAGCGGCAUGGGCGAGAGCCAGAAGGCGCGAGCGCUGGCCGCCAAGCCGGCGUGGAAACUUGGUAAAGCCAUGACACGUCUUCACUACAGAGCAGCAACCAUUAUAGAUGGAAAGCUUGGUUGGACGAAGAAUAAACAAAAAUUUGUUGAAUUAUUGAACAGCAUCCCUACCACUUCGUUAUCAGUGCCACCUUCCUAA